GUCCGGUGACGUCCCCUCCAUUGUCUCGUACGAGCCGCCGCUCGGAGCGCGCAUGCGCGCAGGCAAGCCGAGCCAUUACGCGCUGGGGUCAGUGUGUGUGAGCGGAAGCGGGAAACCGCGAGAGUGGCGGCACCGAGCGGGCACCGGGCGGACACGGUCAGGUCGUCCUUUUUUAUCAUCUAUCAACGGGACCCUUCUUCUUGAAUGACAUUGUGACCGGUCUCCGGGAUGAGUCAAGAAGGCACUCUUUCCGCAUCCCUCGACAACAGCAGACACAACGGUGAGCAUGCCCAGACUCACCCAGCCUACCGCGCGAUCGUCGGCCUACGGGAAGAGACGGUUAUUAUUCAGCCUCGAUCUCCAGUGAGCACCGCCCUCGAGGAAGAAACUGGUCCUGACCAAUCCCCCUCCCCUGAAAUCACCACCCUAGAGGAGCAGACUGUCAUCAUUCAUCCGGAAUCCCCCGAAAGCAGUGACUCGGAGCAAGAGGCUGUCAUUGUUAACCCAGAUUCCCCCAACAGCACCGAUCCCGUGGAAGCUGAGGGAGAUGAUCAUCCGGAAUCACCCGCCAGCGCUGGCCCGGAUAAAGAGAACAUUGAUGCGAACUCAAAAUCUCCCGCAAGCAGCGCUCCAAACGAAGCGGCGGGUGAUGCUGACGAUCACCCGGAAUCGCCGGCGAACGCCGUCCUCGAGGAGGGGACUGUUAUCAUCAAUCCUGAAUCCCCACCCAGCUCCGGUCCCGAGGAAGCGACCUCUGAGAUUAGCUCCAAACCCCAGGACCUCCCCAUCAACCUCUCCGUAAGAGCGAGCAGAAGCCGUACGAAUGGCGGGAAGUUGGCCACCGAAGCCACGCUGCACGUCUGCUCCGAAUGCAAAAAAUGCUUCACCUCCCGCGCCGGGCUCCUCAUUCACCGGAAGAUCCACAAGGAGAAGUUCCUGAUGAUCUGCUCCGAGUGCGGCAAGUGCUUCCGCGGCAAGGCCAAGUUUAUUGAGCACCAGCAACUCCACUCGGGCGAGAAAGCCUUCAAGUGCGCCGACUGCAGCAAGUCGUUCACCAAGAAGUCGUACCUGGUCGCCCACCAACGGACGCACUCCAACGAAAAGACCUACGCCUGCCCCCAGUGCGGCAAGACCUUUGGCAGCGCCACCUCCCUCAGCCACCACAAGCGGAGCCACAAAGAACAGUUUCUCUGCAGCGACUGCGGGAAACGGUUCCCAAGCAGCCAGCGGCUUCUUGCUCAUCAGAAGACCCACCUGGGAGUAAAGCCGUUUGGGUGCCAGGAGUGUGGAAAGCGAUUUAGCAGCAAACAGUACCUCUACAUCCACCAGCGGAUGCAUGCGGUGGAGACUCCGUUUUGCUGCUCGGAGUGUGGCGUCAGCUUCCCCACGGGCGAGACCCUGGCAGCGCACCAGAAGGAGCACAGCGAGGAGAAGCAGUAUUUUUGCGACGAGUGCGGUAAGGGCUUCACCACCAAACAGUACUACAUUGUCCACCAAAGGAACCACACCGGCGAGAAGCCUUUCUCCUGCACCGAGUGCGGCAAAUGCUUCAUCAGCAACAAGAACCUCAAAUCGCACAAGCGAGUCCACACGGGUGAGAAGCCCUACUCCUGCUCAGACUGCGGCAAAAGCUUCAGCAGCUACCGGAACCUCACCAAACACCAGCGGAUCCACACUGGGGAGAAGCCAUAUUCCUGCCCGCAGUGCGGCAAGUGCUUCAUUAGUAACCACAACCGCGUCCGACACCAGAAAAUUCACACGGGCGAAAAGCCCUUUCUGUGUGCAGUGUGCGGGAAGUGUUUCAACCAGAGGUCCAACCUGAUCACGCAUCAGAAGGUCCACGUGAAGGAGCAGCUGUAUUGACUUGACGACACUGGGGCUUUGAGAUUUCUUACACAGGUUCAGCAAACCCCAGGGAACCAUGACCCAAAGACAAAAAAAAAAAUGGCAGCUGUCAUCCAAGUGUGUAUGAUUUUGUUUUAACUGGUUGUUGGUGGGGGCUCGUGGCUAGCUGGAUCCUUAAAGCUCUUGUUAGAGCUUAGAUUGGACUCAUACAUUUUCUGUCGGCUCAUCCUUUCUUUUGAUGGAUGGCUUAUUGUAUAUUUUAAAGGGGAUUUCUAUGAAAACAACCCUCUGCUAAAUUUUCCGACCCCUUGAUGCAGUUAAGUGUUCCAAGCCCGGCUAAAAUUUGCCCCACCAAGAAACCGCAAUACAGUGGAACCUCGGAUUACGAGCAUAAUCCGUUCCAGGAGAAUGCUCGUAAUCCAAAGUACUAGCGAG